CAGGAACAGUCCUUGGUUCUCAUCCUCCGCCACUGAAUCAUGGCACCCAAGAAAGCAAAGAAGAGAGCAGAGGGAGCCAACUCCAACGUGUUCUCCAUGUUUGAACAGGCCCAGAUCCAGGAGUUCAAAGAAGCUUUCACUAUCAUGGACCAGAACAGAGAUGGCUUCAUCGACAAGAACGACCUAAGAGACACAUUUGCAGCUCUGGGUCGUUUAAAUGUGAAGCAAGAAGAGCUUGAUGACAUGCUGAAGGAAGCACCAGGACCUAUUAAUUUCACUGUUUUUCUCACUAUGUUUGGGGAGAAACUAAAAGGCGCUGAUCCAGAGGAGACAAUCCUCAAUGCUUUUAAAGUCUUUGAUCCUGAAGGAAAGGGAACCUUAAAGAAGGACUUUGUGACAGAGAUGCUGACCACCCAGGCAGACAGGUUCUCGCCUGAAGAGAUGGAGCAGAUGUUCACUGCAUUCCCUCCAGAUGUAGCAGGGAACCUAGACUACAAGAACCUGGUGUACAUCAUCACACAUGGGGAGGAGAAAGAUCAAGAAUAG